AUGUCUUUGACAAGUGAUCCAUUCUCUAGAAGCAUAGUUUCAACAACAAUUCCAAUAGAGGAUCUUAAAUUCGUGUAUUCUGUACCUCAAAUAGUUGAUCCUGAUCCUUUGACAUGCAUAGUAGAAUAAAGUACCUAAUUUGAAAGUUAAAUGAGCAGCACAUGAAGAGGGAGCUAUUUAUGUGGGAGGAUAUGAAGGAGCCAAAGAUCUUGAAACCUUAAAACGAUUAAAGAUUAGAGCUGUUUUAACUGCAAGUCAAGAGACAGCUGUUUAAUAUUCUGAUCUUAUUGUUUAAUUUCAUCAUGUGAUAUAAGCACAUGAUAAAGAUGAUUACAAUAUAUUACAAUUUGCUGAUUAGACUUUUGAUUUUAUAGAACGUCAUAGAAAGCAUACGAAUAUAUUAGUUCAUUGUUUUUUGGGAAUUAGUAGAUCACCUACUAUUGUUGCGGCAUAUUUAAUGCGCAAAAAUAAUAUGAAUAUGGAGAAAGCUUUAUGGAAAUUAAAAUCGAAACGUAGAUAGGUAAAUCCAAAUUCAGGCUUUUUGAAAUAAUUACUCAAUUACGAAAAAUUAUUAUAACAAUAACAGUAAUAAUAAUAAUAACAAUAACUAUAAAAACCAAAAAGCAUUUUCAAAAUGGUUCGAUAAUAAGCUGCACCUUAAACUCAAAUGCUUCCUCAAAGUAGAAUUCUUCCUAUGGAUAGUAGAGUUAUAUUUUAGAAGCAGCCUUCGCAAUAUAUUCCAUAACCAUAUUAUAAAUGA